AAAUGAUAAAGAGCCGACCAUCAUAACCCUACUGGAGAACUUUUCGAGAUAUGUUAUCGUGGGCUAGACGUUUCUUCGUACUAUUGUUUCAGGUGUUGGUACCACGGAGAGCAAAUUAGGCGCACUAUUAUUCUUGAUUUUUAUAAAUGAUCUCCCAUGUGGUUCUCCCUAAGGGCACAAAGCCGAAAACCAUACAUUUUGUUGAUGAUACGACUAUAGAAGUUAUUAGGAUCAGAGUAAAAGUCCUAUAUAUUUUACUUACUUUCUCUUUGGUAAAAGUGCAUGGCGAAUUUAUUAAUGAAUUUAUAAUAUCUCCAUGCAAUUUGGCAGCUCAAUGUACAUACGAGGCAGAUAUUAAUAAAGCUUUAACAGUCAAUAAUAAAUAAUAAUCUUCUCAUCAAUCUUAGAAAAUUAAGUACGUAUGUGCAAUGCCAUUCUUACAGGUACGCUCCACCAAAGAGUAUAAUAUAUGUAUAUGAAUGUAAAUUUCAACAAAGUUCAGCAAUAACAUUAAAUUCUUAGGAUUAAAUUUCGAUUCUACUCUAAACUGGAAGGAGCAUAUUCACCCCAUAUGUGCAGAACUCGACCGUUUUAGAAAACUUGAGAAAACUACGAAAAUUUGUAUCUUAUGAAGCUGCACUUACCACGAUCUAUUUAGGUUUCCGGAAUCCGGAGUCCAGAUACGAAAACAUUUUCUACCACUAGUGGAGGUCGAGUGCAAUAGAGUAAAUCAGAGAAGAAUCACAAAGGCGGAGGAAUAGAAGGAAGCUGCAUUAUUAUGAUUCUUAUAAGUACCAUAGCGUAUAAACGUAGUCGGAAAGUUUUAUGCCUACGAACAAUAGAGUCCCCUGUUGAUAUGAGAACCUUAUAUUAAAAAAUGUUUGAUGCGAUGCGCGCCGUGCGGGUCACGCGACCCCUAUCGUUGCCGAGUCGACGUCAUGCCACGGGUUAAUUUAUUAUUACAACAUCGCGGCUCUGACUCCGAGUGUACGGUCAACUUUUAAAGUAAAUACCUACUACUUAACUCAGUUUUUAGUAGACGGUAGUAGCAAGCAAUGCAAUUAGAACUAAAAAUCAACCAUUACAAAUUGAGCCGUAAACUGUAACCGAUCGUAACGGUUUACGGUUCAAUUUGUAAUGAUUAAUUUUCAAUAUUUUCAAUUCUAAAUAACUUUCAGCCAACACUGGUAGCAAUUAUGUAGCGCAGAUGAGACUCGCAGUCCCCAGCAAUUACUUACCUAUUACCUAGGCUCUACUUACUUACUUACUUACAUAAUUAGGUCUUACCAAACGAAUGAAUACUCAAUUCUAUCCAGUUACUCUGCUUUCGUAUUCGUACAAGUUUAGUAGGUACUAAAAUGACAGAUCGGUUGCUGCUGUCGGUGUAUUCCCAUUUGUCUUCCCCGGGCACAGAUGGGAAUAAGUGCAUUCAUUGUAUGGCGGCGUUCACUUGGGACAGGGAGAAAUGGGAAUACACCCUGCUUUCGUAUUAAUUUAGUAGGUAAGUACUAAAAUGACAGAUCAGUUGGACAAAUUGUGACAACCAAACUGUAAUUACAGCAGGUUAUAAAAAGGUUUAUGUUACAAAUCUAUAUGGCUAUGUCAAGAUUUUCUUACAAUGUUUAAUUUGUUUCACAUUAUGGUGAUAUUGUGGUGUUUCACACCUACGCGCGGCCUGCGCAGCGUCCCGCAGUACGCGCGGGACGUGUCGGAGCACUGUAAGCGGCGCGACGCGCUGCCCUCAGUGUUCCUCAGCCGCAGGGUCAUGGACGCCGACGCGCAGGUGCUCCACUUCUCCAGGCUGGAUGUACCUUAUAGCUGUUUUACUACUGUAAGAACGGAGCCUGGCCAUAGCAUAAUCAUGGUGGUAGAAUUGUCGCCGGGCGAGUCACAGGAAGAGUUCUGUACUAAUGGAUAUCAGCUUGGAGUUUUCGAGUAUACUGAAACGUUCGGCGGAUACUGGGGCCCGAUACCGGACGCCGUUCUGAAACAGGACCCGAAAGACCCGGUGUACACUAAGCAGUACACCCUGGCGACUAAGCCGACGACGCGUGUUAUACCGCGAACUACAGAAAGUACACUUAGGAUUCCUAAAACGACAUCUUCAACCUCUAGUAGACCUACAGCUGUAACGCAGGACUUUAUCACAAUAGAGGUGCCGUUGGUCAACCUCUCUGCGACUUUGGUACCUAUGGAAACGCAAGACCAAAAACCUUUUGAUGUAGACGAGUUUUUUGACCUAUUUUAUGAUGUAGUGCCAAGGCCGGGGCAGCCAUACAAAACCAGUAUUUUGCCGUUGGUACAAAUAGCAGUGAAGGAACAGGAAGGCUUACGGAAAGGCGACGGAGAACCCAGAUACGAACUUGAUUACGCCGUGGGACCAUUUACACCAGAUCAUAGGCUGACUACACCUGGACGGCCGGCGACAUCAACGCACAUCAAUACAAAUAGAAACAGUAACAGGUGGAAAAAGAAGAAGUUGCAGGACAAGCGCGUGGAACCAAACACAAACAACUCGCCACGCACAAGAGAACCUGUCGAGUCCCGGAAAUUUUUCAGAAAAGAAUACUCACUCCCGACCACUAACCAUAGGCCAUCCAACGACGUUAUUUUUCCCCAAGCAAUAGAAAACAAACACGAGGACGCUAAAGAAAAGGAACCAUUCAAUCUGGUAGAUGAUGUCAUAAAGUCACUAAACGAAAGUGGGGGUUUGAAACCACAAGAACAAUCCAACGAUAGUGAUGUUUUUACAAUAUUUAAUAAGUGGGAUAAUAGUUACCGAAACUUGAGUGUAUAUUUGGACCCGUAUCCUAAUAUAACUGAGAUUGCUUUUCGAGGCACAACGGAAAGUGUUUUAAGUAGUAAAUCACAGGAUGUGCUAGAAAACACUAAUAAUAUAUCAUCAGUACUGGCAUACAAUACAAACUCAUACGAGAAACAGCAAAUCCUUGAACAUCCCGAUGACGAAAUUGAAGUUGAAUCCUUAACGAAGGAAGGAAGGAGGAUGUCGACAGUCGAAAUGGAUACAGUGACAUUUUUACCACUUACUACCGAAAGUUCCGAAACAACGAGUAGUCUAAUAAUUGGAGCAAGCAGCAGUCCGAGCUUUGAAACAAGUGUUCAUGAAAACCAAGAGAAACGAAGUAGCUUAGGAGCUACAGAUCCUUUAACAGAUGAUGUCCUAAUUCCUGCUAUCACUACAGAACGAUCUUUGUCGGGGACGUUGGUGGAUCACGAGUCUUGGGAAAACGUGGUGCAAUCAGCGCCAGUAAUGGCCGGAUUGCUAAAUCAACAUGGAUCUGAACUUUUAAAACCACAGAGCAAGCGUAGCUUACGGCGGAGGCGGCACAUCUCGGCCAUCAUGGUAGACGACGCUCGGCCGCACCGCCGCGUCACCACGAGCUUGCCGACGCAGCAAGCGAGUGCGUUCAACGCCAUCGACAUGCACGAAUUCGCGCGACUCAUCGAGCUCCCGGAUGACCAGAUGAAUAACCAUGUAACGAUAAAAAUGAAUCCCGAAACGAGUACGCAGUUGUUCGAUAUGUGCAGCGCGUACAACAGAACUAAAACCCGAUUCUUGGUCGUGUUCAACUCGUCGAGGAUAAUACUGAGCAUCGAAAACUUUACAAUGGCACACGUUAUGGUGGCGCUGACGACGGCGCGGCCGCUGGCGCUACUGGAGCCACAGUGUCCGGAGAACCUGGUGGAGUGCCAGGUGGAGGGCACCCGCCUCUGCAUCGACAGCACCAACGCCUGUGACGGCAUACCGAACUGUGGAUCCGCAUAUGCCUACGACGAAGACCGCGUGUUAUGCGGCGAGAUCGACCGACAGCACAGCGUGUACCUCGCUGCCGCCACCUGCCUGGCGGUGUUGGUCACGAUGCUCUACAUCACACACUACUGGCUGCGGAUAUGCGUGCCCAAAGUGGCGGAGGCAUUCUUCGUCUACUACGAUAGCGCCGACAACGAGUUAUAUUUGGACUCAAUCAUGCGCUCCCCGAUGGAUACUGAUCGCGACCAAUACAUGUACAAUAGCGCUCUUUUUGACGAAGAGAAUAUGUUAUAUUCCCACGAUACUCGAAAAUCCACAAAUAUUUUUCUACGCGCGUUUUCUUUUUUCCACAAAAUAAACUUAUUUAAGCAGCGGCGAUCGUCGACUGAAUUAGAAGUGCAUGGAGCCGGGAGAUCGUUAUCUAAAGACGUACCUCGAAGUAACUCAUUUACUGAGUCCGAACUGCUCAGUAUGAUGAGCGACGGAAGAGAUCAAGAAGUUCAAACAGGAGAGAGUCUAGAAAUGGCAUAUUUAAAAGUGAUAAACUCCUUAAAAGAAAGAGAAUCCGACAAGAGACCAACCAGACAACGCCUACCUUCAGUGCAUAAUGAUGUGUUAAGAGAUUUACUAAAAGUCAAAUUAUCUAGUUCUUUGGAUACGAGUUUAGAGUCACCUAGUCCCCCUGGAAGGAGCGCGGUCCUUGCGCCUCAACCUGGUUUAGAAGAAAAAGAAAUUCAUAGCACUUUAUAUGAUCCCGGUACAAGUAAAACUUCAAAACCAGAAAAAAUAAAAUUUUCGGGUACAGGAGCUAAACGGGGUAGGAAGUGUUUGAGAUUUAAUGAACAUGCUACUUUCAUACCCAGGGACGAUGAGGAGGACGACGAUCCUACGGAGAUGGAAGAAUUAUCAACAGGAAAACGUUCACAUAAAAAAAAUGUUGAUAAUAAUUCAGAACAUGGAGGUUCAGAUUUCAGAAAUUUCUUUAGAAAGAAGAAAGAUCAUAAAUAAUAGCUUACAAUAAUGUGUAGUAUCUAGUUGCUUUAUUUAGUAUCUGCUUAAAUAUAUGCAUUCUUUUACAA